AUGCUGGGGAAGAAACCCGCGGGGAAAGGGGCGGCCCGCGAGCCGGGCGCGCAACCCCCGGGCUCCGCCGGCUCGCACUGCGCCCGCGCGCUGCCCCCCUGCGCGGCCCUGGCCGCCCUCCUGGCCGCGGUGGCCGUGCUGUCCUGCGUGUACCUGGGGGUGAAGACCAGCGACCUGCAGGCGAGGAUCGCCGUUCUCGAGGCGGCCAAAGGCGACCCUGCCUUCCAUGUGCCGCCCGCCACCUACCUGGACGAGUUGAAGGCGAUGGUACACGAGAAGGUGGAGCAGCUCCUGGCUCAGAAAUCCUACGAACAUAUGGCUAAAGUCAGGAUCGCCAGAGAAGCAUCUUCCGCAUGCAACUGCCCUGCAGGACCUCCUGGGAAACGAGGCAAAAGGGGUCGGAGAGGAGAGUCUGGUCCUCCUGGUCAGCCUGGUCCCCAGGGCCCUCCCGGCAUGAAAGGUGACAAGGGAGAACAAGGUGAUCAGGGACCUCGGAUGGUGUUUCCUAAAAUCAAUCAUGGCUUUCUCUCUGCUGAUCAGCAGCUCAUUAAACGCCGCCUGAUUAAGGGUGACCAAGGACAAGCCGGCCCCCCAGGGCCCCCUGGCCCUCCAGGCCCCAGGGGCCCUCCCGGGGACACGGGGAAGGAUGGCCCCCGAGGAAUGCCUGGCGUGCCCGGUGAACCAGGGAAACCAGGAGAACAAGGCAUGAUGGGACCAUUGGGCCCUCCUGGACAAAAGGGCUCUGUUGGAGCACCUGGACUUCAAGGGCUGAAUGGGCAAAAGGGUGAAGCUGGGUUGCCCGGAGCAGAAGGACAGGGUGGAACUCCUGGGCUAAAAGGAGAACCUGGAGAAAGAGGCGAAAAGGGAGAUGCUGGAGAGAGUGGCCCCAAAGGAGACCCAGGUGAAAAGGGUGACCCUGGAUCAUCUGCCGCAGGAAUUAAGGGAGAACCCGGAGAAUCUGGUCGGCCAGGGCAAAAGGGUGAACCCGGGCUUCCUGGGCUUCCUGGACUUCCGGGGAUAAAGGGAGAACCAGGUUUCAUUGGUCCCCAAGGAGAACCAGGCUUACCAGGCUUGCCAGGAACAAAGGGUGAGCGUGGGGCACUGGGGCCCCCUGGAAGAGGAGAGCGUGGAGAACCUGGCAUCCCAGGACCCAAGGGAAAACAAGGUGAAUCGGGAACUAGAGGCCCAAAGGGGUCCAAGGGUGAGCGAGGUGACAAGGGUGACUCAGGAGCGCUGGGUCCAAGGGGUCCUCCCGGACAAAAGGGGGAUCAAGGUGCCACAGAGAUCAUCGACUACAACGGCAACCUCCAGGAAGCCUUGCAGAGGAUUACCACCUUAACUGUCACGGGCCCCCCCGGACCACCUGGACCCCAAGGACUACAAGGACCAAAGGGAGAGCCCGGAUCUCCAGGUAUCCCAGGAGCUGAUGGAGAGCAGGGACUCAAAGGCUCCAAAGGAGACGUAGGGGACCCAGGCGUGCCCGGGGAGAAAGGAGGGAUCGGACUGCCCGGGUUACCGGGCGCCAACGGCAUGAAGGGAGAGAAAGGUGACUCCGGACUGCCCGGUCCUCAGGGCCCUUCCAUCAUCGGACCCCCAGGACCACCGGGCCCCCAUGGACCCCCAGGACCCAUGGGACCCCACGGACUUCCUGGACCAAAGGGUGCAGAUGGCCCUAUGGGACCCCAUGGCCCUGCAGGUCCCAAAGGAGAACGAGGUGAAAAGGGAGCAGCGGGAGAGCCGGGACCCAGAGGCCCCUACGGCCUGCCUGGGAAGGAUGGAGAACCUGGUCUCGAUGGUUUCCCGGGUCCACGAGGCGAGAAGGGCGAUCUGGGAGAGAAGGGAGAGAAGGGAUUCCGUGGCGUUAAGGGGGAGAAGGGGGAGCCAGGCCAGCCUGGCCUGGACGGGCUGGACGCUCCUUGCCAAUUGGGGCCAGAUGGAUUACCCAUGCCUGGCUGUUGGCAAAAGUGAUGACGCUAACCACCCCGAGCAUGAAGUUGUGUAUAUACAUGGUCUGCUUUUUAUAUUUAUAGUUGCAACUCAAAUUGCAGAUUUGACAAGCCUGAUAUGUGUGUAUCUGUAGCUGCUUCUUCCCGCGUGC